UGUAAAGAAACAGCCUACGUUAAGUGUAGGUUUUAGCCGCAGAAGACAGUGGUUGGUUCAUUUGUAAUCAACGCGACACAAACAAGAGUGUCUUCGGCGUCUUGUGUCGCCGUGAGAGACUAGAACCCCCCCCCCCCCCCCCAAAGAGCGAGGAUGUUGGUCCCCGCGGGAAGAUAAUGAAGAGGCUGCGCGUUGUGUUGGUGUGCCUCAUUGUAGCUCUCCUGUGCUGGUACCCCGGUCAGUAUGUGUGUUGGUCAGAGCAGAGCUCGUCUGGCCCUGGUCAGUCCGUGGGGGACGGGCACCCAGAGGCCCGGAGGCCGGCGCCGGACUCCACGCCACACGAGGUGCUGGAAGAAUGGCCACCGCACACAUCAUACGAUAUGGGACUGGAGACAGAGAGAGCGGCUCUAGAGCAGCUGGCGACGCACAGCGGACACCAAGAACAGACUGUGAAUCCUCGGGACGCGGAGGAGCCCGACCCCGAGACCGUCCCCGACGCCUCUGAGCCGGACCCCCGGCCGGACCCCCCCCAGGCGGACCCGCAGGACCAAGACCAGGACGUCCCCGAGACCUCCACCACCACCAACCCUGAAGCACUUCCUUCGGGGGACGGCCCAGCAGAGACCGUCAGCGACACACAACCCGACCCGGACCCGGCGCCCGUAUCCCACGACGACGACGACACACCUACCUCACACAGCGCCGGCCAGACCCACACGGGUGCGCCGCGGGUUGCCAGUGCAGGAGAUGAACUCCCAGUAGGCAACGUUAUCUUUGCCGAGCUCUCUGUUGCACGGUGCGGGGCGUUCUCCCCCAAACUGGCAACCUGUGAGAACUCCUCUUUUGGCAGGCCGCCUCUCUUCAGUGUGGACAAGGCCGGCAUAGAGGACCAGCGGUUGGACCAGAGUUCUGGUCCUGAAGCAGAGGUCCAGUCUACUGCAGGACACGUGGACCAGGAACAACAACAACAACAACAGAGACGCCAGGAGCUGGAGGACGGGCUGUCUGAUUUGGACCAGGAGGGAAACACUUCUCAAAACCACCGGGAGCUGCAGGCGGGACCCGGCAGCACUGCCAGUGAGCCCGAUCCCUCGGUGUCGAACAAAGAAGACAUCCCCACCUUCGACGAGUGGAAGAAACAAGUCAUGGAGGUGGAGAAGGAGAAGAGUCAGUCUCUGCUCAUCUCCACCAGCGGCGGCCCCCACCUGGUGAAGAAGGUCCAGAAGAACUUCAAGAACAACUACGCCUCCGUGGAGUGUGGCGCCAAGAUCCUGUCAGCCAACAACGAGGCCAAGAGCACUUCAGCUAUUCUCAUGGAGAACAUGGACCUUUACAUGCUGAAUCCUUGCAGCAACAAAAUCUGGUUCGUGAUCGAGCUCUGUGAGCCGAUUCAAGUGAAGCAGCUGGACGUCGCAAACUUUGAGCUCUUCUCAUCGACACCUAAAGACAUCUUGGUUUCCAUCAGUGACAGGUACCCGACCAACAAGUGGGUCAAGCUCGGUACUUUUCAUGCCCGGGACGAGCGGAUCGUCCAGAGCUUCCCAUUGGACGAGCAGCUCUACGCUAAAUAUGUGAAGAUGUUCAUCAAGUACAUAAAGGUUGAACUCCUCUCCCACUUUGGAUCAGAGCAUUUCUGUCCACUCAGUCUCAUCAGGGUGUUUGGCACCAGCAUGGUGGAGGAGUACGAGGAGAUCGCAGACUCCCAGUACCCUUCGGAUAGACUGGAGUACCUGGAUGAAGACUACGAUUAUCCGCCUGGAUACCAACCGUUGGAGGACAAGUCCUCUAAGAACCUGCUCGGCUCGGCCACCAAUGCCAUCCUCAACAUGGUAAACAACAUUGCUGCUAAUGUGAUGGGCGGCAAAUCGGAUCUGGAGGGACGAGCCGAAGCUGGAGGUAAUACGACCUCAGAGGGGGAGAAGAAGCCAAGCUCAGGCGACGCAGCGCAGGACUCUGCAGCAUUGAACUCAGAGCUCCCUGCGCCCCGAGAGGAGGAAGAGGAGGAGGUGGUCUCCUGUGACUCUCCCGCGCCGUCCCCCGACUCCCCGGAGGACCUUAAGAUCGUGACGCUGGUGGAGGAGGAGGACGAAGAGCCCCGGCAGUCCACCGUCACCCUGAUGGAGGAGGAGGAGGCGGAGGAGGAGGAGAAGAGGGAGGCGGACAGGAACCAAUGGGAGAGCCAGACGUACUGUCCUCUCUCCUCCUUCUCGCUCUCCUUCUCCUGCGUGGCCACGCUGCCCGAGCUGCUCCACCGCUGGUGCUCCGCCCGGCUGGCCAAGGAGCGGCUCCGGAGCCUCCGGCGGCGGCAGGGGAGCACUCGGACUCAGACGCACGCCGCUUCGCUCGCGUACACGGCGCCGCCAAGCCCCGCCCCCGCCGCCACGCCCCUCAAGGAGGCGGCCCCCCUCGCGGAAAAGACGCCAGAGGCGCCUGUCGAGGGCGCGGGGAGAACCUCGGACGAGGCGCCGGAGCGCGCCAUCGAGCUGGAGCCGAGCCGCACGGCCGCCAUCCCCCCCCACAGUUUCUCGGACGCCCACGGCUCGCUGGCGUCGCCCACCCCCUCCCACGAGGAGAAGCCGCUCCCUCCCGUUAUGGACGCGGGCGUCGACUCCGCCCCCACGCCGCCCCUCCCGGCCGUCACCGUCCCGGAGACGCAGCAGGCCGGCGCCUCGGCGGCUCCUCCCGGCAUCUUUCCCACGCUCGCCACGGCCUCUGAGACGGCCUCUCCCGGCGUCGUGGCGCCCCCACACAAGGAGCUGCAGUCUCUUCCCACCGCGUCGCGGCCCGAGGACCUCAUCCCCCCGCCCACCGAGCUGCCCGCCGCCCUCCCGCCGCCCGCCGCUCAUGCGGACGCGGCGGCGAAGUUGGGCGCGGACGGCGUCCAGCCCUCUCAGACUCACGGGGAGCACGGCGACUCCCUCGCCGCCGCCGGAGAGCCCCACCGGGCGGAGGAGGCGGCAGCGGACGACGACCUGCUGGGCGCCAACGGGAACGGCAACGUCCACCGGAUCGCCACGGACUUCUACGCCGAGCUGCAGAACGGAGGCGACUACAACGGCGGGGCGGCGGCCGUCGGGAACGGCAACGGCGCCGUCCACGGGUCCAGCCAGAAGGAGAGCGUCUUCAUGAGGCUCAACAACCGGAUCAAAUCCCUGGAGAUGAACAUGAGUCUGUCUGGACGAUACCUGGAGGAGCUCAGCCAGAGGUACCGUAAACAGAUGGAGGAGAUGCAGAGAGCCUUCAACAAGACCGUCAUCAAGCUGCAGAACACCUCCCGCGUGGCCGAGGAGCAGGACCAGAAGCAGACCGAGUCCAUCCAGGUCCUGCAGAGCCAGCUGGAGGACGUCACGCGGCUGAUGCUCAAUCUCACCGCCACGGUCGGCCAGCUGCAGAGAGAGGUGUCGGACCGUCAGAGCUACCUGGUGGUCUCCCUGGUGGUCUCCCUGGUCCUGUGUCUGUCUCUGGGCCUCCUGCUGUGUCUGCAGUGCUGCCGCGGAGGCUCCGCCCCCCCCGCCCCCAGAGCCGUCGCCGCUCCCCUGCCCAAGAGCAACCACUACCCCAGCCCCAAGAGGUGCUUCUCCUCCUACGAUGACAUGAGUCUGAAGCGCAGGGUGACCUGUCCGCUGGUUCGCUCCAAGUCGUUCCACUCCACCCCGAUGGAAGUAGGUCCCGAUGACUUGUACAUUGUAGAACCUCUAAGGUUUUCUCCAGAGAAAAAGAGAAAGCAGAAAAAGUCAAAGUCGUUGGACAAAGUUGAGAUUCUGGCGCCGCUCUCCAACGGGGAGGUGAACUGCAACGGCUUCUGGCCGUGCCUCCCGGCGCCGCCUCCCCCUCCCCUCCUGCCUCCACCUCCGCCGCCUCCCCCUCCCCUCCUGCCUCCACCUCCGUCGCCUCCACCCCCUCCUUCCCUCCCGCCGCCGCCGCCACCUCCUCCUCCGCUUCCUCCUCCUCCUCCUCCGCUCCCGUCGUCGCCGCCCUCCAAGGAGUUCCCCUCGGAGACCAGCAGCUGCAGCUCCUCCACCCACUCCGAGGAGUCGUACGCCGGCCGCCUCGCCCCCCCCUCCCCCAUCCUCCCCUCCGCCGGCCUGUGCGACGGCCACCGGCUGCCGUUCUCCCUCCGGCAGCCGGCGCCGCCGCCACCCGCCAAGGAGCGGCAGCGCUCGGUGAAGCGGCGGAAGUCGCGGCAGACGGAGCUGCAGUUCCCCGCCGUGCAGGCAGGGGGCGGCGGCGCCUCUCUGGCCAUCCUGCAGCAGCUCAUGAGGGGGGGCGAGGAGAUCCGGACCAUCGGGGUGGCCACCGGACACGUCUGAGCACACACACACACACACACACACACACACCUUGAAGGUAGCAGACGUGAGCACCGCGCCGCCCCCUACAGGCGCGCCGUGGGACUGCAGCGUCCUCCGGUCCUCCUCUUCUCAAAGAGCUGUUCACGGUUACGUGCCUUUAAUAUCUGUUCUCGGACCUUUUUAAAAGAUAAGAAAUAUGAAAUCUACAGACGCGGAGAGACGCCGCGGCGCCACAUGGAGACGAGUCCAGUGAAGAGCGGUCAACGCGCGCGUUUCUUCUGUUGCUUCUUUUUUCUACUGGAUAAGCACAUUGUCCUGUGACAGUUGAGUACCAGUGAGUUUUUAAGAGGGAGGGGGGGGGGGGCAAUCAAGAAGUAUUAGGCCGCUCCUUUGGAUGAAAUGUGACCUCUGGGGUGACCUCUGGAGCACGACAAACUAACUCUCAUCCUUAUUUCCUCCCGUCUUUCAUUGCCAUCGUUUUUUUUCUUCUUUCUUCGUAUUGCAUCCUAACACGACUGCAGGUGUUUGUUAUGGGACCAGAGCAUUCAUCUCUUUCUCUCUUUCUCUCUCUUUCUCUCCCCCCCCCCCCCCCAGUCUCUUCCAAACCAACCAACCAGAGCUGAAUGAAGAA